AAUUCUAUUGUGCGCAGGCGCAGAGUGCGUUGCCUGACAGUGGUAAACAGACGUCAGAAGGGAGUCUUCGCCUCGAGUCAAAACAAAACAAAACAAGUCGAAAAGAUCCCGAAGGAGUGAAUAUUUGUACCGACACAACAACAGGAAGUUUUACAAAAGUCAGCGCGGACUAGAAACGGCAACUUGGAUGAAGUUAUCGGAGGCUUUUCACGGACUUUUCCACGGAUUGUAAACUCUGGAGUAGCAGGAGCUUAAGCGGCUAACGUUACGGAGGCUAUCGGUGCUGUUUUCAAAGUGCGGCGAGUGGGAGCCGACAGACCUGCGGGCGACCCCAGUUUCACCCAAGCGCCUGCGGAGAAACUGCGAGGCUUGGUUAGCGACACAACGAGACGAGGGUCGGCUGAGUUCCGGGCUGCGGUCGAGUGGGCUUUUUAAAACCCGCUUCUUCGAGUAUCGUGUGCCGCGGCAGGACUGUGGGGAAACAUGGCAGAUGGUGACAUGCGCCCGACCGCAAUGUGGCGGACCGUGCAGACCUGAGGCGCGGACUUCUCUUUGCACAUUUCUGUCAUCCAUCUAGUGUUAUAAACAAACCCCGAAGCGUCCUUACUGACAUCUUAUCCUCGCUGGAGGCUCGUUUUUCCCACCAGAAGACAGACAGAGACGUGUGCCAGCGUACCGGGGCAGUGUUGAACAGACCGCCAGCUCGGACAGUCAGCCGCCGCACAUCUUCACUUUGACUGACUAAGCCGCACCGGUGUCAUCGGCUCAAACUUACCUGUCAAACUUUAAAUGUUUUAAGUUGAACACCUCUCUGAGUGGAAGUUCAGAGGACCGCCAUGGAGGAGUCGCCAGUGCCCCCGAUUGACCCAGAUUUUGAGCCGCAGAGCAGACCUCGCUCUUGCACGUGGCCGCUGCCGAGGCCCGACAUUACGGCUGUCAAGUCGGAGGGGGCGGACGGCGCCGAGUCCGCCGCCACGACCCCGCCCGCUGACGAGGACAAGCCCGAGCCCCAGCAAAUCGCGUCCGAGCCCGAGAAAGCGGCUGCGGCGUCCGUGGAGGGCGGGGUCGUGGCCGGCGUGGGCGGAACCGGAGCGACGCCGCGCAAAGGAUCCUCCCGGCGCAACGCGUGGGGGAACCAGAGCUACGCGGACCUGAUCAGCCAGGCCAUCGAGAACUCACCCGAGAAGAGGCUGACGCUAGCGCAGAUAUAUGAGUGGAUGGUGAAAACUGUGCCUUACUUCAGAGACAAAGGAGACAGCAACAGCUCCGCUGGCUGGAAGAAUUCAAUUCGCCACAAUUUGUCACUCCACAACAAGUUCCUGAGGGUACACAAUGAAUCGACCGGAAAGAGCUCUUGGUGGAUGCUCAACCCCGAAGGAGGCAAGACCGGCAAGGCGCCGCGUCGCCGGGCUGCAUCUAUGGACAACAGCAGUAAGCUGCUGAAGAGCCGCAUGAGGGCCAAGCAGACCAAGAAGCAGGCGGGAGCGGCCGGCCUGGGAGGCACCGCAGGUGUGUUGCAGGGCGAUGGUGCCACGGGCUCGGCGGGCGCGGACAGCCCUAACUCAUCCCAGCAGUUCUCCAAAUGGGGGGUGAACAGCAGCAGCCCCUCAUCCCGCGGCAGCCUGGACGACACGGAUAUGUGGACCACCUUCCGCCCGCGCACGAGCUCUAACGCCAGCACCCUGAGCGGACGUCUGUCCCCCAUUGCUCCGGGCCAGGAGGAUGACGACAACCUGCCUGAUGACGGCCUGCUGGGGCGGUUCUCUGCCAGCAACUUGACUCCCACCCUCACCGAGACGCUCAUGGAGGAGCUGGACCUGAUCGAUGGCCUCACUCUGAUGACUGGACAGCAGGGAGGGGCCAGUCCCAGCACAGCCCCACCAGCACCUCCCACUCCGCUGCCCUCCGCCUCCACCCUGCUGCCUCGAGGCUCCAGCUUCCCCUCCUUCCAUCAGCUUUCAUCCAGCCUCCCACAGGCCCCUACCCACACCAGGGCCACAACCUCCGUGUCUCCCUGCGGGCCCGGCAGCAAAGAGCAGACGACGUUCAGCAACUCCCUCUUCAACCCAAUGCCCACCCCCAGCUCCCGUGGGAGCGGCCAUUACAGCGCCCACGUACCCUCCAGCUUGGAAGCGCUGCUCACCUCCGACUCCCCUCCUCCCAGCGAUGUCCUGAUGGCCCAAGUGGAUUCCAUCAUGCCGAAUUCUGGAGGGGUGGGAAUGAUAGGUUUGGGCACGUCUGUUGCAGGAGUAAGGUUGGCUAAGGGGUUGGAGCCGAACACCGUGUCCCCCAUCGGGCUGCAGGCUCAGAUGCAGCCUCAGCAGCAUCACCUUCACCACCAGCAGCAGCAGCAGCCACCACCACCGGCGCAGCAGCAGCAGCAACAACACCAGCAUCACUCUCAGAUGGAGUUGGGGAUGAUCCUCUCAGGUCUGUCUCAGGACCCGUCACAGCUCUCUGCCCUCAAAGCCCAACACGCCGCGCUACCAGCCGUUGGCUCGCAACACGGGGGGCCCAUCACCACCCUGCCGGGGAUCAGUCAGUUUGGAGUGCCGUCCUGCUUCCCCACCGGUCCGGGUCGGCUCCCUACGGACUUGGACAUUGACAUGUUCACCGAAAACCUGGAUUGCGAUGUGGACUACAUAAUCAACAGUGACCUCAUGGACGGAGACGGCCUCGAUUUCAACUUCGACCCCAUGCUGCCUGGAGGCCAAGGCUACCCGGGACCGACCACCACGCAGGGCUCCGCUCACAACUGGGUGCCCAGCUAAUCACUCACCUGACCACACGGUGUUAGCCAGGAAACUAAUCUCCUAUCAAGAUAACAUCACGCAACCACCGGUUGAUCCCUCCUCCCUGCUGGCCGAAGAUGCUUGUCUUCAAAGCGCGCCGUUUCUCUUGGACUUUUACAAACGAAGACCUCACUCAUAUCACGUGCCAAGACAUGCAGAGGACGCGGAGGAGAUUCAGCCUACUAUGCACAACUUUCUGUUUAUUUUGUUUUGUUUUGGGGGUUUUUAAAUAACACUCGGACGAUUGGGCUGCUAGCCAUUUUUGUUGUUGUUGUUUGUUUUUUUGUUUGUUUGUUUUUUCACUGCAA